CUAACCCUAAAACACCGUCUUCCUGGUGUGCAGCAGCGGCAGCGGCAGCCCUACCGACGUGAAACGGCACUUGGGCACGAAACCGAAUCCAAAGUGGGUCAAUCAGGCUAUUCUAUACCUACGCGAAUUUGCUUCUCUCCAUACGACGGAUACCAUCACUCUUUCCCUUCUUCGAACAACUUCUAGCCUCGAGCUUAAACGAAAAUGCGCCCAAUCUUGAUGAAAGGCCAUGAGCGGCCAUUGACUUUCCUCAAAUACAAUAGGGAUGGCGACCUCCUCUUCUCCUGCGCCAAGGACCACAACCCUACCGUCUGGUUCGCCGAUAACGGCGAGCGCUUGGGGACUUAUCGCGGCCAUAAUGGUGCCGUUUGGUGCUGCGAUGUUUCUAGAGAUUCAAUGCGGCUCAUCACGGGCAGUGCUGAUCAGACGGCAAAACUGUGGAAUGUACAAACUGGACAGCAGCUUUUCUCCUUCAAUUUCGACUCACCUGCCAGGGCGGUUGAUUUCUCUGUUGGUGAUAAGCUUGCAGUGAUUACCACUGAUCCUUUCAUGGAAUUGCCUUCUGCUAUACAUGUUAAAUGCAUUGCCAGAGACCCCUCGGAACAGACUGGCGAUUCUGUGCUUGUUCUCAAGGGUCCCCAAGGAAGAAUCAAUAGAGCUGUAUGGGGGCCUCUAAAUAAGACCAUUAUAAGUGCAGGAGAAGAUGCUGUUAUUCGCAUUUGGGAUGCUGAGACAGGUAAACUUCUAAAAGAAUCAGAGAAGGAGACGGGCCAUAAGAAAACAAUAACUUCCCUUACAAAAUCCUCUGAUGGUUCCCAUUUUAUCACUGGAUCCUUGGACAAGUCUGCAAGGCUGUGGGAUAUUAGAACGUUGACACUUAUCAAAACAUAUGUGACAGAACGUCCAGUCAAUGCAGUUGCAAUGUCUCCACUUCUUGAUCAUGUGGUACUUGGUGGUGGUCAGGAUGCCUCAGCAGUAACAACAACUGAUCAUCGUGCAGGAAAGUUUGAAGCUAAAUUUUAUGACAAGAUCCUUCAAGAAGAGAUCGGAGGUGUGAAAGGUCAUUUUGGACCCAUUAAUGCUCUGGCUUUCAAUCCUGAUGGGAAGAGUUUUUCAAGUGGAGGUGAAGAUGGAUAUGUAAGACUGCAUCAUUUUGACCCCGAUUACUUCAACAUCAAGAUUUGAAUCUGGAGUGGAGUUCAGAACCGAGGGAGAAGUUUGUGUGCGAAGAGAGAUACAUUUGUUGCUUUUUUGGACGCCAAUUUUGCUGUGUGGCCAUGAUGGUUAUAGAAGUUUGUUGUGAAAGUUAUUUGCACGGCAUUGUAUUAAUUGAAUCUCUCCUGCGGUACUCGAGUACCUUUUCUUUUAUUUUCAACUUCAUGAUUUUUAUUUUUAUGAGAUUCAUGGAUAACUGGUCUACACGAGUUCAUCCGGAGAGAUUCAUACAAAAUCACCUAGUUACUUCCGAA